ACGGCAUUUGGAGUCCUGAAAUCAAAACGGAGGGGUUUUGUUGCGUAGCUGUUUGUCCGCCGUAUCUCCCCGUUCGGUUUUUGAAUUUCCUUCGUUUCUCUUCUUCCUUCUCCAAUUUCUAUAAAACUCCGACGACUCCGUCACUUACCCCUCCAUUCUCCUUCACUCUCUCGAAAAUGGCGGUCGCUUCCAGACCCACACUCACAGACCUUCAAAUCCCCAAGCUAUGGAAGCACCACAGAGACAUUAGUCCUGAACGCACCAAGGUCUGGACUGAGCCCAAGCUCCGCUCCGACAGAAGGGUUCCGGUCGUUUACUAUCUAUCCAGAAAUGGCCACCUCGAACACCCUCAUUUCAUGGAGGUUCCUCUUUCCUCCUCCGAAGGCCUUUAUCUCAGAGAUGUUAUUAACCGUCUUAAUCUUCUUCGAGGAAAUGGUAUGGCGAGUGCUUACUCUUGGUCAUCGAAAAGGAGCUACAAGAAUGGUUUCGUGUGGCAUGAUUUGUCUGAGAAUGAUUUCAUUUAUCCAUUGCAUGGUAAAGAGUAUGUUCUGAAAGGAUCGGAGCUUCUUCAUUCUUCCUUAGAUAGCCGAGUUCAAGGCUCCGUGUCUUCGAGAUCUUUGAGGCCUCCAGAGAUUCAUAAACUCGUCGGCGAAGAGUCCGAUUCUCCGAUUCUCUCUCGUCGGCUUAACCAGUCGUGGAGCUCCGUCGACUUCCAUGAGUAUAAAGUCUACAAGACGGAUUCGAGCUCCGACUCGUCGGCCAAAGCUGCCGCGGCCGAUGCUUCGACUCAGACCGACGAGAAGCACCGGCGGAGAAGACGAGUGGGGAGGGAAGAAGAGAAGGAAGAAAAAGAAACAGAGGAGGUCAAUGGUGAAUCAAACUCUACGCCGAGUACAGAGCUCAGUAGAGAAGAAAUAUCUCCUCCACCGUCGGAUUAUAGCCCCGAAACUCUCGAAUCUCUGAUGAAAGCCGACGGGCGUUUGAUCAUUUCCGAAGCCGUAAACACGAAUCGGACGACGGAAAGUUUUCCGAGUGGGAGGAUGAAGGCAUCGGCGGUUUUGAUGCAAUUAAUCUCCUGUGGAUCGAUCUCGUUCAAGGACUGUGGAGCAACAUCAAUGGAGGGUCAAGAGUUCUCAGUCUGUAAAUCCAGAGUGCCUCGCGGAGAUGGGAAAGAAGGAGCAGGGACAUCGACCGGCAUUGUAGGUUUCUCGGGGGUAAGAUUAGAAGACAAGGAAUAUUUCAGCGGAAGUCUAAUCGAAACUCAGAAAGUUAAGGAGGCUCCAAUGGCUCUGAAGCGGUCAUCCUCUUACAAUGCAGAUAGGGGGUCACAGAUGCAACUCUCUGAGAAGGAGAUCGACCAAGGACGACGUGCAAAAUGCAUACCAAGAAAGCACAAGGGAACAAGCCAGGCAACAAAGAAAGAGAGCAACAGCAUGAUCACCAGCAGCAGCAGCAAUAGUGAACAUGGAAGCAAAAGAAUUGACAAUGAACAAACAAUGAGAGAUCUCAGAGAUAGAUUAGACAUCCAUCUAUGAAGCAACUCAACUCAACUCAAAGGCACCCAUCCACCGCACAAGCAUUGGAGUGAACAAGGGGUGAUGAAAAGAGGUAUUAAUCACGAAAUUGGCACAAGUUUUGUUGGAUUAUGGGUCUUGUUUUGGAGUAAGAGAAGAAUAGAACAGAACAGAACAGAACAGGAGGUGGUGGUCACGGGUCACGAAAAGACGUGAGUUCUUCUUGAGUUGUAAAUUGGGGGAAUGCAUUGUAAUUGCAUUAUUAUUGUCAUUUACCCA